AUGAAGGGAGAACAAGUUGAAGUGGGUGAGAUCUCCAGGGAAUCAACACGUCCAAGCCAAAGUGUGAGAGUGCUGUCUCUACUAGACUUCAUUCUGCGAAUAAUUGCUGCACUAGGAACUCUAGCAAGUGCCAUAGCCAUGGGAACCUCUAGGCAAACACUUUCAUUUGUCACUAGAUUCACACGCUUCAGAGCCGUCUAUAAAGACCUUCCCACAUUUACGUUCUUUGUGAUCGCCAAUUCUAUUGUUUGCGUUUAUCUUGUGGUUUCUCUCUGCCUCUCUUUUAUCCAUAUCAUCAAGAGUGCUGCUGUGAAGAGUAGGAUUUUCUUGGUCAUAUUUGACACGGUGAUGAUGGGUCUUCUAACCGCCGGAGCAUCAGCAGCAGCCGCUAUAGUGGCCAUGGCGCAUAACGGGAGCACAGGCGCCAACUGGGUUCCAUUUUGCCAGCAAUUCCGGAGCUUCUGCGAUCGCAUUUCUGGCUCUCUGAUCGGUUCUUUUGUCUCUGUGGUUGUCUUCAUUUUGAUCAUCAUCGUAACAUCUGUGGCCAUCUCUCGACGCUGA